AUGAGGUCUAGCCUGUUUGCACUUUUUGCCAUAUGCAACGCUCUUCAAUGUCUAGGAAUCGCAAUCAAGCAACCAUCCUUGCCGAACAGAGCUUCUAAAUCAAACUCUACAAUCGUGGAAAGCACGCCCAUCUACCCAAUCGAUGAAGCAGCAGACAGCUCCCAAAAGCUCAGACUAGCGAAGAGACAAGGCAAUUACCAACGUCGAAUCGAAAACUGCCCUGAAGAUGCCCCGCCUGGCACAUCUCCAGACUGGGACGCUUUCUACCAAUCCUCAUGUACUGGCCCUGGCGUAGGCGAAUACGACAUUGAAUGUCUGAACCACGAUCAUUGGGGUGAAGGUGGCGGCAUUCAAACGUUCCACUACAGCUGCCGACCGGGAGAGUUCUGCCUGGAUGGUGGCAGCGACAGCGACGGGAACAGAAACAUUCUCUGGGACGUCGCUAUCUGCGUUUCUUAUGAAGACGUCAUUAGCCUCGCUCGUGACGCAAAGGAGCCCGUUGGUCAGAAGAUUUUCGGUAUGAACCCUACGACUGCUUAUCCUCCGGCUAGUUCUAGGCAGGAGGUCGUGCUGUCAACACAACAGAAGACCGGUCCGUUGUAUGUCGCAAAACAGAUUAGCCUGCAAGCUCAGGACGCGACUAGUAAGCCUCUGGGUCCUCCGAAGACUUGCGGAGCUUGUUCGCGCUUGGACUAUGACCCGUGGCCUCAGGGUACGGAUAGAUUCGUGGGAACGGUACAGUUGGCAAAGCCACAAGAUGAGCCUUGGGUCAAGGCUAUGGCUUUUCACCACGAUGAGCUCUGA